CUAUUGCUAUGGCAUUCGGAGCCGUCUAGCUAGUCUGAUUAGUCAGAUACGAGAUACGGAAGCCAGGCGAACCGAGGAGGGCGCGAGAUGCGGACGCCGUGCGUAACCACAGUACAAACUAGAAUUCCAAUAAGUUAGUCUAACUUAAGAUCCAAAAAGAAUCUGUCAAUUAAACCACUUGUGAUGGUGCCACAGGCUGUGAAGCUGCUCCAGUCCUCCCUGGGCCACUGGCGCCACCUCGCCGGCGGCGUGAGGCUGCAUCCCAUGGCCAAGGGCGCGCUCACGUACGCGGUGAUGUGGCCCGCGGGCAGCCUGAUCCAGCAGGCGCUGGAGGGACGCAAGCUAAGCGACUACGACUGGGCCAGGGCGCUCCGCUUCAGCCUGUUCGGAGCCCUGUACGUGGCGCCCACCCUGUACGGCUGGGUGCGGCUCACCAGCGCCAUGUGGCCGCAGACCAACCUGCGCACGGGCAUCGUCAAGGCCAUCACGGAGCAGCUGUCCUACGGACCCUUCGCCUGCGUCAGCUUCUUCAUGGGCAUGAGCCUGCUGGAGCAGAAGACUAUCAGCCAGGCGGUGGACGAGACGAAGGAGAAGGCGCUGCCCACGUACAAGGUCGGCGUUUGCAUCUGGCCCUUCCUGCAGACCAUCAACUUCUCGCUGGUGCCGGAGCACAACCGCGUGGUGUUCGUAAGCAUUUGCAGCCUGAUGUGGACCAUCUUCCUGGCCUACAUGAAGACGCGCCACGAGGAGCAGGCGGAGAACAGUACCUAGUUAUCGUUAGGCCAAUUGUUGAAUUAGAUAGCAUCGUUAGUUUA